UGUACGCAACACCCCCGGUGUGUGUGUGUGUGCUUCGAGUCAAUCUCCCAAAUUGCCUUUUUGUGGUCACGUGUUUACACUUCCCGUAGGAAGUCUCAGAAAUUUGUGUCGAGGAAUUUAACUUUUCACGCCUUCAGACAACAACUCAUACAUUUCUGUUGUAACAUUUAUCUAUUCGAGUUCAGGUGGAGGCAAGGAUGUGGGUGUGGUGCCGGAAAUGCUUUGGUGUGGGUGGUGGGAGGCAGGAGUCGGUCACACCUACCCACCACCCACUCUCCUCAGCUCAUAACAACCUCAGACUCAGACGCUCAGUCAGGUCACUCAGAAGGGAAGAGACAGACGACUCACAGGAGGAAGACGACGAUGAGGAAGAGGGAGAGCAGGAGGAGGACGAGUAUAUCCAGAGAGGGGCAACUGAGAUCCACCUCGUCCACCCCAGCGCAAUCCCCUCCACCGUAAUAGUGCGCGUCCAGCCUCAGUGUCCUCCUCUGCACCGUCCUGACGUAGCGUGUAAGUCUCUAGAUCUCAAUCAACGUCACAGUCUCACCUCCUCCGGUACUUCCAGCGUCACAAGCAUCGCCCCCAACAGUACCAGUCCCAGCAUCGCCCUCAGAAGCACCAGUCCUAGCAUCGCCUCCAGUAGUCUCCACGGUAGUAUUAGGAGCCUUCAGAGUCUUCAAGGGGUGUAUAGCCUCCAGAGCGCCCAAAGCCUCGCCUCCCUGGAGUACACCCGUAGCCUGGUGGCCGUCGGGUCUCCUGAUGGUCUGGCGGACGUCUAUUGCAACGUUAAUGAGGAUUUCAACGGCAACGUCAGUGGUAGCGUCACCGAUGUCACGAGCAGUGUUGGCAGGAUGUCCACGCUUUCGGAAAAGACUGGUGUUCGAUGCAGUCAUCCGAGGUUCCUGACGCCGGAGGAAGCUGCUCGGCCACCACAGCAAGGCCCACCGCCCCUCUCCCUUACCCCCGGCCGCCUCACUGAGUACCCGCCUACUAAACAUGGUAUACGGUGGCCGGGGAAGGGUCUGCUAUCUUCAGUGUUAGGAAGCGAGAACAUCCACUAUCAUGGGGAGUACACCACCAAGGGCAACGUCACCCCUGUCAAACUACGGAGUGCAAACACUCUCCGCGCCAUCGCCUCCUACGAGAGCCGCGUCGACACCAAGAACAACCCCGUGUGGUACUCCUUCGGCAUGGUGGUGUUAGCCCUCAAGUACCUGGUGGAUAGAAAAGAACUACAGGUGGACGUGGUACAGGUGACACAGCUUCCACCAGGCAAAGAAAACUCCACUCUUGAUUUCCAGGUUCAGGUGCGGCCAGGUAGGAGGAACAAGGUGAUCAAAUGUGUGAAGCCUGGCCCUAGUCUCCCCUCCUACUGCUAUACCCCAAAGUGCUGCCUCAAGAUUAGUAAUAUUCGUGAUCGGUCGUUGGUGUUGUCGGGGUUCGUGGCUGGUAGGCGCCGUCAGCCUUACCUGGCCCUCGGUCACGCUCUCGUCCCCAAUCUGGAGGCCCAACACCUGACUGCUGGAGAGUGGUGCACCUUUCCUCUUCAUAUGCGUCAGGGUAGCCAGGUGCAGGACCACUUAGGGAUGGCUCUGGUGGCUCUCUCCUGCUGUGAACGCUCCUACGGCUACUAUACCUUCACCGUCGACCUCAUGCACGUCAGGAAUGUCAAGAUCCAACUUCUCGGGGACGAUGUUGCCAAAUCGUUCAAGAUUCGCACAGAGGUGUGGGUGAGGGCGGCGCUUCUCUCAGAGGGGAAGCAGAAGAAGCACGAGAUGAGCCCAACGCCUCUGGAGCGACCUAAGGGCUACGAAGAGCAGGGCUGGGAGGCGACCUUUAAACACGGCUGCACCGUCUCCUUCUCUGUUCCAAAGGACAAGAUCCACCUCUCCGCCAUCCUCCUGGAGAUCCACGGACGAGCGCGUCACUCUGUCACAUCUAAGGAGGCGCUGCUCGGCAAGAUAACAUUAGGCCCCGAGGAACUGUUUGGUGGCGAGCAGGCGACUCCGGGCGGCAGGAUGACUCUCCAGAGCCCCGUGCAUAGUGAGGGAGUGGGUGGUGAGGAGGUGGGUGGUGGUGGUAUUUUAAGUGUGCCAGGAGACCCCCUCGACGCUCGCCUCACACACUGGGGUCAGGCACUCAGACGGAUGGCCAAGGUCGAGAUGUGGCACAGACUACAGAUUUGACAUUCCUCAUCUCCUCAAACACAGAUACGAAAUUUUACUUUGACAUUCAGUCACAAGAUGAACCAAUAUGACUCGUUACCGCACGCAUGUGGAGUGAUCAAAAUCGUAAUUCACUGCAGAGUGCAUUAGGAAGUGAACAAGUCACAAAAAUGUGUACAGUUACUUAGCACUAGAGGGAGGUGAAAAACAAACACUGAGGAUGAAAAAAAAACUAUUGAUUGAUUAAAUGAAAACUUGCUCUUACGAAUCAGGGAGAAAGUGGCUGUAUUAUGGCCACAAACAAUCUUCAAAUUACAAUAACAAUUAGUAGUUCCGUUGAAUAGAUUAAAAACGGUUAUUUUAGUAAUGCUAUAAUAAAGUAAAGCACCCGAUUUAUUUUUACUUCAAAAGAAUAUACAGUAAGUUAGAGUAAAAUACAUAUUUCCCCCAGUGACAGCGCAGUUUAUUGAGGGCAGCUUUUUCUGAGCCUGAGUCAUUAUUUAGCCGUACACCCACAGUAACCACGUCUCUAGGGAUGGGUAAGGAUACGGUCUCAUAAGUGGUAAAAAAUAAAUCAUAAAAAAUUUG